AUGGAAUCCAGAGUAGAUGAUCUCGAGCGAUCCGUGACGUCGAUGAAGGAGAUGGCGACGGAGCAAUUUGAAGAACUCCGAAGGCUCAUCAUGAAUCGCGAGCGGAGGCGAACUCGAGGACGUUCCAACACACCCAGAUUCCGGCAAGCAUCGCGUGAGAGAGAUCGCGAAGCUUCUUCGCAUUCCGGGUCGCGAACCGGGUCGCGAUUUUCUGACCACAGCAGAGAGCGAUUUGAUCAUCCUCAUCGUGUCCAUUUGCGAGCAGUAACGGGAAGGAGGGUGGAUAUCCCGAUGUUCGAUGGGAGCGACGCUUAUGGGUGGAUCAAUCGGGUAGAGCGCUUCUUCCAACUCAGUCGAGUCGGAGAAGAGGAAAGGUUGGAAAUGGUGAUGAUCGCCAUGGAAGGAAAGGCUCUGGGAUGGUUCCAGUGGUGGGAAGAGCAAGCUCCGGAGCGAGCUUGGGAACCUUUCAAGCAUGCCUUGAUUCGAAGGUUUCAACCCACCUUGGUUCAGAACCCAUUUGGCCCUUUGCUUAGCAUUAAGCAGAAGGGUAGUGUCAUGGCCUAUAGAGAGAGCUUUGAAGAAGCUGCAGCUCCGAUGAGAGGUGCUGAUAGGGAGAUUCUGAAAGGGGUGUUUCUGAAUGGGUUACAAGAGGAGAUUAGAGCAGAGAUGAAGUUGUAUCCUGCUGCUGAUUUAGCUGGACUGAUGGAUAGGGCCUUGUUAAUAGAAGAAAAGAACUCUGCUCUCAGGGGAGGAAAGACCAAGGAAGAAGACAAGAGAGGAUGGAAGGAUAAAGGAGGGAUUGGUGUCAAAUUUUCCAGUAAUGGGGAAAAACAUACAAAUUCUAGUUCAAGCUAUGUUGGGAAGAACACUGCUGGGGGGCAACAAGGACAGGAGGGCAAGACCACUCAAUCCAAAGAGAGUAAUGAGGGAAGUGGGAAUGAAGCUAAGGUUCCGAAGAGGAAGUGGAAUGGAGGGCAAAGACUAUCACAAAGUGAAUUGCAAGAGCGAAGUAGGAAGGGAUUGUGUUUUAAAUGUGGGGAAAAAUGGGGAAAGGAGCAUGUGUGCACUAAGAAGCAUUACCAAUUCAUCCUAAUUGAAGGGGAGGAGGAUGAGGAAGAGGAGGAAAUCUUUGAAGAAGCUGAGGAUGGGGAGUUUAUCUUGGAGGGCAAGGUGCUACAACUGUCCCUCAACAGCAAGGAAGGGUUAACCUCUAAUCAGUCUUUCAAAAUCAGGGGAAGAAUAGGAGGAAGGGAGGUGUUGAUUUUGGUGGAUUGUGGGGCUACUAGUAAUUUCAUUUCUCAGGAACUAGUUGCUGAAUUGGGGCUGCAAGUGAUUGCUACCACAGAAUAUGUUGUAGAGGUGGGAAAUGGGGCCAAGGAGAGGAAUUCAGGGGUCUGUAAGAACCUCAAAAUAGAAGCACAAGGGAUCCCUAUUGUUCAACAUUUUUUCCUACUGAGUCUUGGAGGUACUGAACUGGUUCUGGGUAUGGAUUGGCUGGCAAGUUUAGGCAACAUUAAGGCCAAUUUCAAGAACCUUACCCUUCAAUGGGAGGUGCAUGGUAGGAAGAUGAGGCUGCAAGGAGACCACUUCAAGAGAGAAAACAAGCAAUCCAUGAGGAGUAGCAAGAAGCUUCAGAGGAGGGCAACAAAAGAGGAAUUCCUUGCUUAUGAUAGUAUGUGUGCAACCAACAAAAAGGAAGAGAUGAUUCCUCAACAACUUAAGGAAGUGUUAGUAGAAUUCCCUGAGGUUUUCAAGACUCCAGAAGGUUUACCUCCUAAGAGGAAAUGUGAUCAUGUUAUCAGGUUGAAAGAAGGAGCAGCCAUUCCACAUAGCAGGCCCUAUAGAUACCCAUUUUAUCAAAAGAAUGAGAUUGAAAGGCAGGUCAAGGAGAUGCUGAAUUCUGGCAUAAUCAGAGAAAGCACAAGUCCAUUCAGCAGUCCAGCAAUCUUGGUUAAGAAGAAGGAAGGGACAUGGAGAUUAUGUGUUGACUAUAGAGCCCUUAACAAGGUUACUGUGCCUGACAAGUUUCCAAUUCCCAUAAUUGAUGAACUGCUAGAUGAAAUUGGAGCAGCAGUGAUUUUCUCCAAGUUGGAUUUGAAAUCUGGUUAUCACUAG